ACUGAGGAGGUAGAUGAACUCAAUCGUGUGGCCAAUGCGGGUCCUCAUCCAGAGGAUUUUUACGGGCCCGAUGACUCUUCUGCCCCGACAUCUCUGCCUACAGUACCCCCUGCCUUCGAUUGGGACAUAGACGGUGCUAUUGCGCGAGCUGGCUUACGGCAUCCGGGUUGGACAAUCCCUUCGCCUUUUGUCCCGAAGUCACGUGCUUGGGACACUAUUUGUCUUCGAGGUUCUGCCCGUGAAGAUGCUACCUGGCUUACACGCUCUCCCACCGCCGUUUCAGUCGAGGCUUAUCAGUCUCAUGAGUGGCAUGACUACUGGGAGACCUUUGGGGACACUCGCUGUUCGUCCCGCAUGUUGGGGUCCACGAUCAUCUUCGAAGAUCUUAAGGUGGCUGGUGUGGUGUCGUCUCUUGACGAAGAUUGUGCCGGACGUUGUUUGCUACUCUCCGGGUUGAGUGCUGGCCCCUAUCGCGGUGUGUCCCGUGAGGAUGACUCAUAUCCUCCUCCCUAUAUUCCGGCGGCCCCUGCCAUUCUUCGGUGGUUGCAUAGUGCUGAUAUCCCCGCCACCGCUGUAACCAUACACUGCGAUUAUGGGCAUCGUUAUGGUGAGCCGAGGAGUGAGUGUACUGUUCUUUGCUGUUGUCCCGCUCAUACUGAGCUAAGUGUUCAUAGGAUUAUGCGUUUGUCCCGAGAACGACCUUUACGCCCUCGAGCAUAUACUUUCGUCGCUCGGAGCAACCGCUCCUUCGACUUGAACUUGUGGGACCAACGGGGACGCCGUUCUGGACUGGAUACUCCUGAAGCCCUUGUCGAUCUUCUCUACAAGUACGAGGUGGCGAAGAAUCAGUUCGAGAAUGCCCCGUUGCCUUUCACUCGAUUUUACCGUUGGCCUCAGUUCUUUCGGGAUAUCCGCCCGCAUGAGUGGUUAUUAGCCGAGCAGUAUGCUUAUCCUUACAAUGUGGACUAUGAGAACGUCUCCAUUAAUCAUAUUUGGCGUCGUACUGGUCUCAAUGCUGGAUUGGAAGAAGUAGUGUAUCCCCUUCUGGACUAUUACCGUACGGCUGAUACCCGUUUCGUCCCGUCCAGGUGGCCUGGUUGGAACUAUCGUGGCCUCAAUUAGGAAAGUGGAUCUUUUGCUUAUUUUCUGUCCCGUAGCCUCGAUACCCGUGUAUCGUGGCUCGGUUGACCUUUGCUAGACUCUAUCUUUCCGUCAGCUAUUGUCAUCGUCCUUAUUAUUGUGAAGUCUGAGGGUUGGCUCAGGUUUUGGGGGGGACGAGGUGUUGUGGGUCCAGUUUGCCUGCACCCUUGUAAUCUCAUCAAACCUUCGCCUUCCUCAGUAUAGCGAAUGAGCCCAAUAUCGAUUACUGUGCUGCUAAGUCUGUGGUAUUCGUACAGAACUUAAGUGCAGGUAGUGCGCUUAUUGUUAUUGUCCUAGGGUCGUAGUAUUGGUUGCUCUAGCUC